AGAUAAGCUUUCGAUGGCUUCGUCUUGUGGGUGGACGUGACGGCGCCCCGAUGGCCCUUUUGAAUUUCUCAGCGGCGCCCUUCGCGGCGACGCCCAGCCCCCCUCUAGCCCCCGGUUACUACCAGCCGCCGGUGCCCUACUCGUACCCCGUGCCCCAGAAGCCCUUCCUGCGGGAGGACUUCGGGCCCCCGCAAGGGGGCCACCCGCCCUAUACCAAAGUUACCGAUGAUGGUACUAAGACUAAAGUGCACGCGGUUAUCGACUAUGAUUACGACGACGAUGAGGACGAAGGACUGCCCCCGGUCACCCCCAUUCAGGGGCCGAUUUUUAUCAAAAAUGGUUCUGUUCCUGUCGUGCCGCUUUACUCGCAUCCGGUGCUCAACAACGGCACUUUUGUGCAGAUUCCCAUAUUAUGGACGGCGUUAUCCGUCGCCUUAGGUUUAGAAUUACGCGGCGAGUACAUUCGCGGCGUCCCUUGCAUAAAACGUCACCAGCAAUUGUUCUGCCCAACGGCAGGAAAUUCCUAUCCAUUAGAUCGUAUAGAGUUAUUCAUAGACGAGAACAAGGCACUGAUGAAGAGGAUGUACGGAGAGUUCGACAUGGGAAGUCCCGGCGGCGAAUACGGACCUGGCCGGAAAAGGAAAAGAUCAACAAAACCGGGCGUCCCGGACCUGCACUUCGAUCCCGGACCGGAUCCGGGAGGAAAACCCGGCGGAGACUCAUUUUUUAGUCAAAUCAGAAACACGAGACAGAAUUUUCGCAACAACCAGAGCUCAGAAAGCGGCCGAAUCGACGCCUGCGAGAGCAAAGUCGAAAUUGUGACGCCCUAUUGGGCCUCGAAUUCCGCCGGAAAAAUCCGGGCCAUCGUCAACACGCAGCAUUUCGAGCAAGCGAUACAUCAAGAAGUCUGCGCUAAAGUGAGGACGAACCGUUGUUCGGGCGAUUGCGGAUGCGAGCAGAAGUACAAGUGGCACCGCCUACUGGCCUACGACCCGGAUAACGACUGCAAGGGCAUUUUUAUGGAUUGGUUCCUAUUUCCGUCGUGUUGUGUCUGCCGAUGCAACCCGACUUAAGUAAUUUCGCACACAGGUUUUCGGGGAGUAGACAGGGGCGGGGCUAGGCCAAGCCCCGCCCGCAUGGUCUACUUAGGAAAAUUAAUACUCAAAGUGCCAAAUUGAUCACAUCACUAAUCCCUCCCAUAAAAUUGAUACAAAGAAAAUGUGCAAUCAAUUCGUGACUGAUAUUUUGUAAUCUACGUUACCAAUCAGUCCUGUUCUUGGUUACGAAUCUAGUUACCACUUUAGAAGUAUUUUUUACGAUUUAUUAGGGCUAUUUAUAAAAAGUAAUUGAUUAAUGUCGUAAGUUGUAGCAGAUGGCUGCCAUUUUCUGUAGCAUUAUUUUGUAAUAAAUUAUUUGUAAAAUAAACACACGAUCACUG